CACAGGAGUAUUGUUUGUGUUUUGGGAGACUUUUGUGGCCUUCGUACGUCAAACUUAAAUUCAUAUAAUAUUAUGAUGUGUCUGACGAGUUGGUGUGACCUGAAAGUGUGGUAAAGUCCCUGUGCGAGUUGGCAGAAGAGCAUAGAUACCUCUGGGGCCCCGAGAGAUGCUCACUACCCGAAACAAGCUUCGUGUAAAGCUGUUCUCCGAUAUAGACCAGGAAAUCGAGAGGAAUUUGACAAGAGGUGAUGAGGAACACUUGUCAGAGGCAAGCUGGUCGGGACCAACACAUCAUACAUGUAACACGCCUCCUCAUGUCUUCCACCGAUAUGGCUUUGUUUGAAGGAAAAUAUCAACACGAAAAGUCGAAGAAUUACGAGGAAUUUCUGAAAGCUAUAGGUGUUCCACUAGUUCCUCGGAAGGUGGUGGUUAACUCCAGCCCAGUAGUAGAAGUGACAAGGUGCAAGGGAGAGACGAGUGGAGAUAAAGAAGAGACCUGUGAAGAACAAUGGAGCAUCCGCAUGUCCACACUGCUUCGCGAUAUUGAGUAUCGAUUCGUUCCCGGUCAACCCAUGCAGACAGAGUCUAUGGGUGGGCAGGCUAAGAAUGUAUUCACCAUUGAGAACAAUAGAAUCAUUCAGAGACAAGAUGCACCAACAUACUCGACAGAGGUGGUGAGGGAGUUUACUGAUGACGGCUUAACCAUGACGAUGAAGCACGUUGAGUCUGGAAUAGAGUGCCAUCGCUACUUCAAGAGGAUCAAGUAAACGAAGACACUUCAGUUCCUUCAAGCAAAUGGAAAAUAAGAUUUUUAUUUAUUUAUUUUUUCUAUCUUAUAUUUAUCUUUUUUUUUUUUUUUAUAGUAAUGUUCAAAAAUGUUACUUGACUCGAUCUGAUAGGCACGCAUAGCGGAUGCCCCUUGAGGAAAGUUGCAUAUUUUCGGAAAUUAAAAAUCAAGUCAUUCUAAGCUGGAAAUAUUCUAUGGUUAUAUGUUUUUAAUGCCGUGGCAAGUGGCAAGUGGCUGCACACGGGCCGUCCCGCAGCAUCUAGCUCAGUGGUUCUUAAAUUGCGGGGCAUGAUCCCCAAAGAGGUCAUGACCCUUUUCUGGAGGUCAUGGAAGAUCCAACUGUAUGUACGUUCGAUUUGCCGGAAUGGGGCUAAAUUUUCAUUGUUAAUAAACAUUAAUAAACAUUGAUAAAUAACGAUAAA